UGAGAGAAAUGAAGAUACAGUGUAACGUGUGCGAGGCGGCGGAGGCGAAGGUGCUGUGCUGCUCCGACGAGGCGGCGCUGUGUUUCGAGUGCGACGAGAAAGUCCAUAUCGCAAACAAACUGGCCAGCAAGCAUGAGCGUGUUCCCCUUUCUUCUUCUUCCCCUCACAUUCCUAAAUGUGACAUUUGCCAGGAAACAUCUGGGUUUUUCUUCUGUUUGCAAGAUCGAGCUUUACUCUGCAGAAAAUGUGAUAUUGCUAUACAUACAGCAAAUCCUUAUGUGUCUGGUCACCAGAGAUUUUUGCUUACUGGUGUAAAAGUUGGUCUUGAAACAACAACUGACCCUGUUGGAUCUUCUUCCAAUGUCAAAUCACCUUGUAAUGGAAAGAUCACAGAAACUAAAUCCAAUUCUACAUCUAAAAUCAGGGCUCCUAUGACUAUUACGAGUGAAUACAACUUGGUUCUUCCAUCAACUGUUGGAGUCGAGAGCAGUGUGCCAACAAAAGUGUCUUAUGGUGGGGGUUCUACAGCUGGAAUCAUUCAACCAUGGCAAAUGGAUGAUUUACUUGGGCUACCUGACUUUAAUCAAAGCUUUAGUUACAUGGAUAAUGAGUUAUCUAAGGCUGAUAGUGGCAAGUGUGGAGACUCCGACAGCUCACCGAUCUUGCGAUCGGCUGAGGAAAAUGUCUUUGAUAAUGAGUGCAUGGAUCAGUUGCCGGAUUCCUAUUGGGCAGUGCCACAAAUGCCUUCACCUCCUACAGCCUCUGGGCUGUAUUGGCCUAAAGACUCUCACAACCAAUCCGAUAGCAUGGUAUUUGUUCCCGACAUAUCCUGGUCUGGCGUGAAAAGCCCUUCCCACUCGUCACAUAGUGACUGCAUUCCGAAAAGGCGACAGGUUUAGAGGCAGAUCCAUACUGUGAGACAUGCUUUUUGCCUAUACUACUAUGCUAGUUUCCAUCCUCCAAGUUCGGGACAUGCCGGUUUCUUCCAUGUCAAUCCGUCUUAUUCUGCAGUAGCCAUUUGGGUUUCAUAAGGUAAAAAACCAACACAGACAGUGUACUAGAAAGACCAUUGUAAUUUUGAGUAGAUAGGUAUUUGUUUUGAUUAACAACCA